GGAAGUGUGUUUUGGUUUAAUUUUUUGGAGGGCAGUUAGAAAGUAACAAAAGUCUUAAAAAUGUCCAUAAAAUGGACCUUACAGAUGUCCACCUGGUCGUUCCACCUCUAGAAAUUUGUAAGACAAUUCGGCCGGGCACGGUGGCUCACGUCUAACCCCAGAAUUUUGGGAGGCCGAGGUGGGCAGAUCACGAGAUCAGGAGAUCAAGACCAUCCUUGCUAACACGAUGAAACCCUGUCUCUACUAAAAAAUACAAAAAAUUAGUUGGGCGUGGUGGCACACGCCUGUAGUCCCAGCUACUUGGGAGGCUGAGGCAGGAGAAUUGCUUGAACCCAGGAGGCAGAGAUUGCAGUAAGCCGAGACCAUGCCCCUGCACUUCAGCCUGGGUGACAGAGCGAGACUCCGUCUCGAAAUAAUAAUAAUAAUAAUUCAACACAGGGUCUCAUUCUGUUGCUCAGGCUGGAGUGCAGUGGCAUGGUAACAGCUCACUGCAGCCUCAACCUCCUGGGCUGAGGUGAUCCUCCCACCUCAGCCUCCUGAGUAGCUAGGACUAUAGGUGCACGACGCCACACCUGGCUAAUUAAAAUUUAUUUAUUUAUUUAGUAAAUAGAGACGAGGUCUUGCUAUGUUGCCCAGGCUGGUCUCAAACUCCUAAGCAGCAUCAUUUUUUCUAGGUGUUAAACUGGCAACAACCCAAAUUCCCAGCAUAAGGAUUAUGCUUAAAAUAUCUAGCUCUCUGAUGAAAUAUCUUCAAAGAAUAUUUAAUGACCUUAAAUCUCAGACAAAAAGGUAAGGAGACAAAAUGAGGAACCCAUUUCCGUACAACCCCAAUUUGGAAAAACACAUGUGCAAGUGUACCCAUUUUAAAAAAUAUAGAAGAAAAAAAGGCUUUAAGGAAAAAAAAGUAAUAGUAAUGAUUUAGGGUGGGAAUCGCGUUAAUAUUCCCAAUAAUUUUAUAUAUUUUAAAAAUCUAUAAUUUUAUCAGGGGAAAGCGUUAUGUUGCGGAAAUUAAUUGAUCGAUUGAGUGAUUGGUUAAUGGACAGUGUCCGAUGACUCAUAUAAUCCCCCGGUUCGAGUCCCCUUUAGGCCGCAGACGUUUCGCGCCUUCUCGGAUGUUCAAGUCGCACAUCCGUACAAUGAGGGGUAAUAUACUAGAUUACCUGAGGUCUUCUUACUGUAAAAACACCGGUGUCUUAAGGUUUCCCAGUGGAAUUUGGGGGCCGGUUUGACUUCGGAGCUGGAGCUCGCAAAGGCCGGGGCUGCUGCAGAUUCUGACGCUUUGUGGACCCCCACUACCGCGCGCAGCCGCACUGCAGGUUUUCUUCGCUGCUGGUUAGAUCCAAAGCCCACCCCAUCCUAGUAAACUGGGACAGCGCCGCUUCUCACAUCACUAUGAGGGCUUCUGCUCCAUGGCGGGGAAAGUCCAGAACUGCUGCCUUAAAUGAGCUUUUGCGUCAUCCGGUUGCUAACCUCCGGCCCCAGCAUUCCCCACUCCAAACUGCCACUUUUCCAGGUGUGUUUGUCUAAAUUUACCCCAUUUACAGACUUCUCAGGUGCAUCAUUAGGAACAAGGCGCUUUGCAGUUUGCAAACCACCUCAGACAACUCCAGGUUUAAGGAUAAAGGAUGACAUUGUGAGCAAAGUAGCAUCAAAAUUUUAGAUAUUUCACUUUCACAUUCUAACCAUACACCUUUCUAAGGUCUUGCAAUACUUUCACAUUGUAACUAUACACCUUUCCAAGAUCUUGUAGUACAUAGGUCAAGUGUGGCAAAACAGACAUCGCGAGCCAGCCAGGAGUCGAACCUAGAAUCUUCUGAUCCGUAGUCAGACGCGUUAUCCAUUGCGCCACUGGCCCCGAGUUAGGAAACUUUUCUCCGCGAUAGCUGAUCACCCUUAACACAGUUUGAACGUGCUUCCGGGUACCAACGAUCCAUUUUGCCCUUGCUCCGCGCUGCCGCUGCUCUGCCUUUCCCUAAAACGCGCUCCACCAAUCCGCAGCGGCUUCGUCACGGCGCUCUUUGUCGCACUCCAACCCGUCGCGUCGGCGGCAUCUCUCGCGUGCUCUUGCUCGCGCACUAAUUUGUCCUCCAACGCCUCCCGUUCAGGCCGGCUCGCCUGCGGGGCGGGGAAAGGGGUGGGACGAGGCUGGGCGCUGCGACAGCUGUGCCAGGGUGACCGGUAGAGCUGUAGCCGAGGUGGCGGCGCGGCGCGGCGCGGGGCGGGGCGGGGCGGGCGGAGAGAGAAGGAAGGAGGUGGUUGUGCAGGAUGGCGACGGCGGCCUACGAGCAGCUGAAGCUGCAUAUCACACCUGAAAAAUUUUAUGUGGAAGCUUGUGAUGAUGGAGCAGAUGAUGUACUUACCAUUGACCGUGUGUCCACAGAGGUUACCCUUGCAGUCAAGAAAGAUGUUCCUCCUUCAGCUGUCACAAGACCAAUAUUUGGUAUACUGGGCACAAUCCAUCUGGUGGCAGGUAAUUAUCUUAUAGUCAUUACCAAAAAGAUAAAAGUAGGUGAAUUUUUCAGUCAUGUAAUCUGGAAAGCAACAGAUUUUGAUGUCCUUUCUUAUAAGAAGACAAUGUUACACUUAACUGAUAUUCAGUUACAAGAUAAUAAAACCUUCCUAGCGAUGCUAAACCAUGUCUUGAAUGUGGAUGGAUUUUACUUUUCAACAACAUAUGAUUUGACCCAUACUUUGCAGCGGCUAUCCAACACUAGUCCAGAAUUCCAAGAAAUGAGUCUCUUGGAAAGGGCAGAUCAGCGGUUUGUAUGGAAUGGUCAUCUUCUAAGAGAACUUUCUGCACAGCCAGAGGUUCAUCGAUUUGCCCUUCCAGUGUUACAUGGCUUUAUUACCAUGCAUUCAUGUUCUAUUAAUGGAAAAUACUUUGAUUGGAUUCUCAUCUCGAGGAGGAGCUGUUUCAGAGCUGGUGUGCGCUAUUAUGUAAGAGGAAUUGAUUCUGAAGGCCAUGCAGCUAACUUUGUAGAAACAGAACAAAUUGUGCACUACAAUGGGAGCAAAGCUUCAUUUGUACAGACUCGAGGAUCAAUACCUGUUUUCUGGUCCCAAAGACCAAACCUCAAGUACAAACCACUGCCACAGAUCAGCAAAGUAGCAAAUCACAUGGACGGUUUCCAAAGGCAUUUUGAUUCCCAAGUAAUUAUUUAUGGAAAACAAGUUAUAAUCAAUCUGAUUAACCAGAAGGGCUCGGAGAAGCCACUUGAGCAGACAUUUGCAACAAUGGUGUCUUCUUUGGGAAGUGGAAUGAUGAGAUACAUUGCCUUUGACUUCCAUAAGGAAUGUAAAAAUAUGAGAUGGGAUCGACUAAGUAUUUUAUUGGAUCAGGUAGCAGAAAUGCAAGAUGAAUUAAGUUAUUUUCUAGUGGACUCUGCUGGCCAGGUGGUGGCAAACCAGGAAGGCGUGUUCCGAAGCAAUUGCAUGGAUUGUCUAGAUAGAACCAAUGUGAUCCAGAGUUUGUUAGCUCGUCGUUCACUUCAGGCCCAACUUCAGAGACUAGGAGUUUUGCAUGUGGGACAAAAGCUUGAAGAACAAGAUGAAUUUGAGAAGAUUUACAAAAAUGCCUGGGCUGACAAUGCAAAUGCUUGUGCCAAGCAAUAUGCGGGAACUGGUGCCUUGAAGACUGACUUUACCAGAACUGGAAAGAGAACUCAUUUGGGACUUGUAAUGGAUGGCUGGAACUCAAUGAUACGAUAUUAUAAGAACAACUUUUCCGAUGGAUUUAGACAAGAUUCCAUAGACUUAUUUCUUGGAAACUAUUCAGUGGAUGAAUUAGAAUCUCAUAGUCCUUUAAGUGUUCCAAGGGAUUGGAAAUUCCUGGCUUUGCCUAUUAUCAUGGUUGUUGCCUUUUCAAUGUGCAUUAUCUGUUUGCUUAUGGCUGGUGACACUUGGACAGAAACACUGGCCUAUGUGCUCUUCUGGGGAGUUGCAAGCAUUGGAACAUUUUUUAUCAUUCUUUACAAUGGCAAAGAUUUUGUCGAUGCUCCCAGACUGGUCCAGAAAGAAAAGAUAGACUGAAUUUGUAUUUGUGGAAAGCGGCUUGGCGUGGAAGAUUCCAUUGUGCAGAACUGGAGUCUUUACUGACCCGCUUUCCACAUCAGCCCAAGGUCUUUUUAAUGCCUUUAUCCAAAAGCACAUCUUGUGCUCCAUGCAGGAUGAUGACAGAAUUGAUCUGAUGUUACUGCCUUGAUGGUCUCUUUACUAUUGGGACAGUUAGAUUUAUAAUUUGAAGCUAUUCUGUAAUUAAAAUAUAACCUGAAUUCAGCUUGCAGAAAGGAAGCUGAAUCUGUUCCUUGUAUUCUAUUGAUUGUCAAUUUAAUUAGCUGUUGCAGAAUAAGUAAUAUAUUUUAAAAACCCAGCUCCUUUCAUUAUUUAAAACAGCAAAAUUAUUUUUGUAGCUCAGUUUCAUUAUUGUCAUUGUAGAAGCGGUCACUAUUAGCAGGCAUACUUUUCCACACAUCUUUGGACUUUUCUUAAAAGUUCAGUAAUAAGCUAACUGUGUUUAUACAAUGUAAGUCUCUUACAGACAUCAAGUAGUUUGAUGAGACAGUCUGUGACUUCAUGAUAGGAAAGAGGAGGAUGAGGUCUGGGGUUCUUUAAAGUCUCUGGUGGGCUGCCUCAUGACUUUAAUCAGCUUGAACUGCCAGUGCACCAGCAGUUUAGGUGUGAUGAGAGAAUUCAGAUAUACUUUAUCUUUUUAAAAAAGUGUAAAUAAAAUCAAAGAAUGUAAAGUCUAUCUCUUACGCUAGAGGUCCAAAGCUGCCUCUGUUUUAAAGAUUAUCCCAAUGUGGAAGAUGCCCAUGACUGGUCAGCUACUUCCUGCUAUACAUUUUGGUUUCUUUGAGGGUCACUCAUUGAGACACGCAGGCCUCUGAGAGGGUCUUGUUCUAGAUUUCAUAUUGCACUUGGAGGGCAACAGCUGCUUUUUCACGCAUGGUACUCUUGAUGUUUUUCACUCUGUCAAGGAUUUUGAUGGCUAUCAAUGAAUGUGUCUAAAACUUAGUGCUUCCAGGUAGUUAUAGUACUCCAAAUCAAGGACCAACUUAAACAUUAAUUUUUGUGCAAAAACCUGAAAAAUAUGCUUCAGAAACUGUGCAUAGUUCUAAUUGUAAGUCAGAUUGUAUAUUCAAAUUGUAAUUAAGAGAUUUAAAUAUUAGAACAGUAUGUAAGGUAGUAUAAUUACCACUAUUUUAAAACAAUUCAGUUAAACACUGCUACAAUAUUUCAGUGUUGUGCUUGAAAAUAUGUACAGUUUUUUUCCAAUAUUAAUACUUUAUGUUGUCCUUAAAUAUUUCUAAAAGCGCCUUUAUUUCAGCAUUACUUUUUUUUCAUCAUUAUCUUUUAUAAAACAUUAAUAUAAGUUGUUACUUUUAGAAACUCUAAAGGAAAUAAUAGCUGGAAAACCCUCUGUAGUUUAAAAUCAGUCAUUAAACUCACAAUAGGGUAAGUAAAUAUAGCCACCUGUUAACAUGUAAAUAAGCAUAAUUUGUUCCAAAGAGGGAAUAUUGAAACUUAGUUCAUGUCUGCUGUAAAAUAUUAUUUAAAUGCUGCUGGGCAUUUCACUUAAAGAACUUAAUGUCAACAGCUACAACAAAGACCAAAUCUGAACUGCUAAUGUGGCUGCUUUGUAGGGAAUGGACUAAUAUCAGUGUGUUAGAUCUUAAGGUAUCAGUAUUUCAGAAUCCUGCGAUGAUUUUAUUUCUAAAUUCAUGUACUGUAUGUCCAUAAGUGAAAAUAAAAUGUCAUAUUCUUUUCUAA